AUGGCCUCAUAUGUCAUCGUUGGAGCUUCUCGGGGCAUUGGGUACAAAUAUUUGCAGAUUCUUUCUGCAAAUCCUGAUAACAUAGUUAUUGGGCUUGCAAGAAACCCUGUGCCAGUUCAAGAAAAGCUGCGAGGAGAAGGGAUAUCGAACGUACACGUCCUACAGGGCGAUCUCACCGACAAUGCCUCUUUAGUUGCUGCAGCCAAAGAGGUAUCUCAAAUCACUGGCGGAUCCCUUGAUCAUCUCAUUGUCAACGGUGCCUAUUUGUCUGAUUCAACUCAAUUCAUCAGUCCUUCUGAAUUCAAAGGGAAAGAGGACCUGUUGGUUUCAGAACUCAACUCAAGCAUGGCAGCCAAUGUCGUCGGCGCCAUUUACAGUAUCAAUGCGUUCAUCGACCUUUCGAAGAAGUCCGAGAUCAAGAAAAUAAUCAUCAUCUCCAGUGGUGCAGCCGAUCUGGACCUCAUUGCUGCUGGUUCCUGGACCGGUGCCGUGCCGUAUUGUAUCUCUAAGGCUGCAGUGAACUUGUUGGCCGUCAAGUAUGCCGUUGAAUUUAAAACCGAUGGCAUCAUCUUCCUGGCAUUGUCCCCCGGGCUCGUUGCUACAGAGCAGAAUAACAACCUUGAAACCAACCCGACUUUCAAAGGUCCGAUCUCAAUGGAAGAAAGUGUUACAAGCAUGUUGGAGGUGAUUCAAAAGCUUACUAUAAAAGAAUCUGGUUCUUUCCUUUCCCAUCAUGGCGACAAAAAUUGGCUCUGA